AUGUCCUUUAGAAAUGGUAGCGCCGGGCAUGGGUACUUUGGAAAUGAUGCAAACGCUGCCAACACGCCACGACCUUCACAGCGCAAGGAAACUGCUCAGGAAUGCCGGUAUCCGUUUCUUCAUCCGGUGAUUCCUUACAUACGCGAUAUCAUUUCAGUUUCCACGGUAUGCGAGUUAUUCGACAUCUUCCUUACUGAUCCCGGGAGCUCGCUGUUCCAUUGCGCUUCACCAUUCAUCCUUACCAAGAUUUUCCGCAAAAGGUCUAUACUCCAUCCUACCAAACCUCGUCGUACAACACCAGCCUUAAUCGCCACUAUUUUGUGGUGUGUUGCUCAAACAGCCGACAUUAUGAUAUUACAGGUCCCUGGAUCAAGACCCAGAAUCUUGAAUCAACUUUACGACGUCAUCACUUCACUCAUCUCACAACGAGAUCCGGACAGAUGGCGUCACGUAGAUGGAAGUUUAAGGGCUGACAAAGAUGCUGCUGGUCAUGGGUUAGAUGGUUCUCUGGUAUCACCGCCGGCAACGCCUGCAAAUGAAGUUGUUGGGGAAAUCGACGACGUGCUAACUUUUCUUCUCUUGACUAUCACUGUGUCGGGCUUGGACUGCAAACCAGACUGCCAGAAAUGGUGGUCGAAGGCCACCAGACUAGUGAUCUCUUUGAGGCUUAACCGUGAGGAUGAACGCUGCCUUGAGGCUGAGCAGCCUUGUCCGAAUCCACUCUGUGUUUGCCAGAGAACUCAACUAGAACCUACGCUCGCUAACAUGGAGCAACGCGAAGAGCGUCGACGUGUCUUCUGGCUUUGCUUUAGCUUGGACCGUCAUCUAGCUUUGUCAUUCAAUUCUACUGUUUUGAUACCCGACUCUUGCUGCGAGGUCUACGCGCCGUUACCCGAAACCGUCUGGGAGAACCUGGACUCGAUACCACUCGGAGAUUUACCAAACCGAACACUGGCGCCUCCUGUUACUGCCACCGGAACCUCAUUUUUCGAGUACUUUCUGCCUUUGAUGGUGAUCCUCGGUGAUAUUAUUGAGAUCCAUCAUAGACGCCAGCAUCCCAGGCUGGGAGGUGACGACAAUGACCAUUUUGUGCUCUCAAUACGAAAGCUCUUGGAACAAUACGAAGUCAGCCUUGAAACUCUCGACGAGAAUCCACAUCGGCCGAACUCGACCACUUUCCCUCACGAAGUAACGUCAACUACAAACUCGGACAUUCGCCACGAAGCUCCGACAAGCAGAGGCAGCUCAGAUCAGGCGCAGCUCCAAAUUGUACGCGCUUAUGGCAGACACAUUAUGCAUGUUCUUUAUGUGCUUCUAUAUGGAAAAUGGGACGCCAUUUGUAUGAUGGACGAUGACGAUGGCUGGAUUACCUCUGGAGGAUUUGGCGAGUGUGCGUCCCAUGCUAUUUCGGCCUCUCAGACAAUUGCAACAAUCUUGGAGAUUGACCCCGAGUUGACCUUCAUGUCCUACCUUUUUGGCAUCUAUUUAUUGCAUGGAAGCUUCAUUUUCUUGUUGUUUGCCGACAGAAUGCCUCAACUUGGACCGAACCAGUCAGUGGAGCUCGCAUGCGAAAACAUCAUUCGGGCCCACGAGGUAUCCAUUGUCACGCUGAAUACCGAGUUUCAGAGAACAUUUAGAAAGGUCCUACGAUCAACGCUGUAUAGUGUUAGAGGACACAAUGGAGCAAACAUGGAGGCGCACAGAGCUAGGCGGAGGGUGUUAUCGUUGUACAGGUGGACAAAAGGUGUUCGAGGACUCAAUAUUUAG